ACCACCUCUUCGGCAGCACGUGUGUAUCGUCACUGCACGCGAAUAUAAUCGUUCCGAGUUACAAUUCAAAGAAUUUCGACGCGUCUAUCUAUCGAGAUCGAAUUCUAGUCUGUCUCAAGCGUCCGUAACUUUAAUUUAGUCCUGCAGUCAAUGGACCAGGACUCAACUAAUCGUCCGAUUCAUACGAAAAAGAAAAAUCACUGAAGAUUUCUCAUUGCGAUUUCGAAGUGUUAUCGAUUUAUUCUUCGCAUCAAAGUGAGGAAUCGUACAUUUCAAAUAUGACUUGUCCGAUAUCAAGCGGAAUCGCAGAGAUCCACGGUCAGAACGAGGACCAAAUGAUGACAGGGCCGAGAUUACUUUACGGAGAGUACCUGCGUUUAGACAAGAUCCUAUCCGCGCAGAGGCUCCUCAGCGCCGAAUACAGCAACGAAGUUCAUGAUGAACACCUUUUUAUUGUCACUCAUCAAGCCUACGAGCUCUGGUUCAAACAGAUUAUUUUCGAGCUCGACUCCGUCAGGGCACUCUUCAGCUUCGAAAACAACGCGACGUACAACGAGUCCUCCAACGAUCUCUCGGCCAAUCUGGACAAUGGAGUCUCUUACGUUUUGAACGAGUCGAAAACUUUGGAAAUCCUGAAGCGACUGAACCGCAUUGUACUUAUUCUAAAACUGUUGGUGGACCAAGUAACGAUCCUGGAAACAAUGACGCCGCUGGACUUCAUGGCGUUUCGCGACUAUUUGUGCCCGGCCUCGGGUUUCCAGUCGCUACAGUUCCGCCUGCUGGAGAACAAACUGGGCGUGAAGCAGGAACACAGGGUGAAAUAUAAUCAGAGUUACAUGAGGGUCUUCGGCCGGGAUCCCGCGGCGAUCGAGGCGAUCAAACGGUCGGAGGAAGAGUACAGUCUGAGCGCUUUAGUGCAGAGAUGGUUGAGCAGAACACCGGGUCUCGAGACCGACGACUUCGACUUCUGGGGGAAGUAUAAGCGGUCGGUGGAGAAGAUGCUGGCCGAGCAGGAACAAGCCGCACACAAAGCGUCGAUGGAGCAAGCCAGAGAGUACCUGUUGGCCAACGUCCGCUCGCGGCAGGCGGUUUUCGAGACCAUCAUGAACGAGUCCCUUCACUACGCUCUCGUGUCGCGCGGCGAGCGCAGAUUUUCGCACGGCGCCCUUCAGGGAGCGAUAAUGAUCACACUGUAUCGGGACGAGCCGCGAUUCAGCCAGCCGCAUCAAAUCCUCAUGGCGUUGAUGGACAUCGACUCGCUAAUCACCAAAUGGAGAUAUAAUCAUGUUAUCAUGGUACAAAGGAUGAUUGGAUCUCAACAGCUCGGCACCGGUGGCUCCUCCGGCUAUCAGUAUUUGAAGUCCACCCUAAGCGAUCGGUAUAAGGUCUUUCUGGAUCUGUUCAACUUGUCGACCUUCCUGAUACCGCGUCAUAUGAUCCCGCCGUUGACGAAGCAGAUGAAGACGAAACUGUCAAUCGCCUCGAACGGCUGGAACGCGAACGAUGGUCAAGAUAAUCCGAAAAACUCUUCGGAAAGUUCCUGAAUUAUUUCAGCGCGAGUGUUAAUCACACAUUACGACGAAUCUCACAGAACUUUAAUUGACAAUUUUUAUUUCUGUAACACAUCAGACAGUCACAGUAGAUAUACAUUCGCAUGAUUCAAAUGAAGCAAAUGUUCCAACGUUAAGUUUUUAAAAUAGCCGAUCGCAACGCUAGAUAUCUUAAAAAAAAAAAAAUUACAAAUAAUGACACGAAAGAUAUGACAUAUUUUACAUAAGUAAUCAAUCUUUUUUUGACUCGUAGUUUUACAACACUUUCGCUUACAAUGUACUUUGUAGGAAGAUAUUGAAAUAUACAUUACACAUUAUCGUUA